AGGUGCCAAAGCAGGGUUUAGAAUGAAGAUAACACGGGGCUAAAUGCAAAAAGCCAUUUUGAGCCCCUCUCCUGUACUGCUCUGGACCUGAGCCAGUUCGGCUGCCCGUGGAUUGGCUCUUCCUUUGCCUCUCCUCCUUCCAAACUUCCCAAACUGCGAUGCACACACAUACGAGCCAGUCAGGCAUCGACUAAAACGAAGGAGAACGAGGUUUUAAGGAAUGAGUUGAAAAGGUGCUUUCACGUUAUUCGACUGAAAACUAUCAGGUACAACUUGUAAAACGGCUUUUGAAAAUGCCCCAAAUUGGGGUACGGAUCAUUUGUCUUUUUUAUACAUCGAAACGGAAGUAAUUUAUACAUUUUGUACUUAAAGGGGGACAGGGGGCAUCAGGGAAACUUUCUGCGUGAGGACUUUCCUAGCCAGGGCUGCCUGGCAAAAGCGAGGCAGUUUUGCAUAACUUUUCCACGCGAGGCUCCAGCGAAACGUCUUUUGCGGUCGAGUCUGGAGAGACUGCCUGACCGAUCCAGGCUUUAAUUGGAUAUACUUUGGGUGGUAGCGUGAAUGCCCUGUGUUGUCCUACGUUGGCAUUGAAGUAUGCCAGCAUGCCCUCGCUGAUUCUUUCGCAUUUGCUCCUCACCUGGCUUGCUCUCCAGCGGCUGGCUCUGUGCGCCGAGCGCGCGUCCACUCGCGAGCGCUUCAAAGUGGUCAUCGCGCCGCUCAUCUGCAAACGGACGUGCCUGAAGGGCCAGUGUCAAGACACCUGCGAGCAGGGCAACAACACGACUCUCAUCGGGGAAAACGGCCAGUCCGCGGACACUCUGACCGGGCCUGGCUUUAGAGUCGUGGUGUGUCCUCUCACCUGUAUGAAUGGAGGAGUGUGUAGUACUCGUUCACACUGUCUCUGCCCACCAGACUUCACUGGACGCUUCUGCCAAUACCCUGUUCGAACUCAAUCUUCUCGAGGCAACAAGCAGCCCGUCUACACCCUGCAGGGGAUUCCUGAGUCCCAGGGACUGUCUGAGCAGGGAGGCACAGGUGGGCUACAGCAACUAGCACAGACUCGCUCUAUAUUGACUCUGCCUUUAUCACAAGUGCAGUUCAAUGUCCGUGUUUUUCAUGCGCCAGACACUUCAGUUGUAAUUCAUCCUUUCGACCAAUCCGAGAACAAGCCUCACAAUACCAAGACUGUGACCCGCUUUUCUCCACAGACACAUAAGCCCAAGGGGAGGUGCUUCCAGGAAACCACACCCAAACAGACUUGUAGUAGUAACCCUCUCCCUGGUCUAACCAAUCAGGAAGACUGCUGUGGCAGUGUGGGUAAUUCCUGGGGCCAAAACAAAUGUUACAAAUGCCCUUUACUACCUUAUGCUGGAAAACACCAGAUUAUAGUAGAGGACUUAGGCUCCACAUGCCCUCAGGGAUACAAGAGACUCAACAGCACUCACUGCCAAGACAUAAAUGAAUGUAUGAUGCAGGGAUUGUGUCAGAAUGGAGAAUGUUUAAACACACAGGGAAGUUUCCGUUGUACCUGCAAGCCUGGAUAUGUUUUGACAGACAGGACACGCUGCAUAGCAUCAACUGUUGAGCAGGGUCUCUGUUUUCGUAUGGUUACGGAAACUGGGAUAUGUGAGCUUGCUCUUCCAACACAUCUUUCCCAGGAGAUAUGCUGCUGCACUGUGGGUAAAGCAUGGGGCAGCAACUGUGAGAGGUGUCCGCCGGAUGGCACAGCUUCCUUCAAUAAGAUCUGUCCUGCAGGGAAAGGGAUGUCUUUAUGGACCUAUCAUGGAACGCUGUCCAUUCAGCCCUUCCAGACAAGUAUUGAACACAAUUUCAAACUUGACACUGAGGGCAAGCCUCCGGAAGUCCCUAUUCAGACAACCACACCCAUGCAGCCUUCACCAGUCAGCACACACGGUCCUCGUGUCCCAGUCAUUGAGGCCAAGCCGACGACUCCUCCCAUUUUCCGGGUCCCCCCAGAAACUGACUCACUGGAGGUGGCACAGACACAGGUCUCACCUAUGGAUGACUGCAAGCUGAACAGGAAUAUAUGUGGUCAUGGAGAGUGUGUGAACACACAGAAUGGUUUUGUGUGCCACUGUAACGCCGGAUAUCGACCACAUGCACAGAGAAAGAGUUGUGUGGAUGAGAAUGAAUGUGACUCUGAGCCAUGUGGAAGGGGCACCUGCAUUAACAUUGUGGGUUCCUACCGAUGCAACUGUCACUCUGGCUAUAAACUCGCAGUGCCUCAUGGGAAACGCAGAUGCAUUGAUAUAAAUGAAUGCUCUAAACCAGAUAUCUGUGGAGUUGGAGGGCAGUGCACUAAUUUGCAUGGUUCCUAUAAGUGUGAUUGUCUGCCAGGCUUCAGGAGCAAAUCCCGUAGACAGCCGAUCUGUGAAGACAUUAAUGAAUGUUUGGACCCAAAUACCUGUCCUAAUGAAAAGUGUGAGAAUACAGUUGGAUCCUAUGAGUGUAUACCCUGCCAACCUGGACAUCAAGCACAGGGAGGAGUGUGUUACGAUAUCAAUGAAUGUCAGAAGCGUGGUGUCUGUCUGACCGGUCGCUGUGAGAAUUUGCCAGGAUCGUAUCGGUGUCUAUGUAAUGAGGGCUUCCUGCCUGAGGCUGACAGCAAAAGCUGCAGAGAUAUUAAUGAGUGUCAGGAUAAUCGUCUUUGUGCUAAUGGUCACUGCAUUAACACAGAGGGAUCAUUCCGGUGCCAGUGUUACUCUGGUUACCAACCUACACAAGAGGGAAGCCACUGUGAAGAUAUCAAUGAGUGUGAGCGAGCCUCCAAUUGCCAACGAGGACGCUGUAUUAACACAAUGGGUUCCUACCGCUGUGAGUGCCAGAAAGGAUAUAUGCUGGUCAGUGGACGCCGGUGCCAAGACAUAGAUGAGUGCUCUGUGGACAGGAGUCUAUGUCAGCCUCAUGGUGUAUGUGAAAACAGACAGGGUGGAUAUGUGUGUGUGUGCAACGAUGGUUUCAUACUUUCUGAAGACAAACACAACUGUGAGGUGGUUGAGUUGGAUCUGAACGAUAAGAAGGAAUGCUAUCUAAAUCUGGAUGACACUGUGUUCUGUGACAGUGUCCUGGCAACCAAUGUUACCAAGCAGGAAUGUUGCUGUUCUAUCGGUGUGGGAUGGGGUGAUCACUGUGAGAUCUUCCCCUGUCCUGUCUACCACUCAGCGGAGUAUCACUCUCUUUGUCCAGUCGGCAGAGGAUUUUACCAUGAGGAAGGAAAGAUAGAAUAUGGAUUAGCAGUUCACAGAGACAUUGAUGAGUGUGUCCUGUUUUCUAAUGAGAUCUGUAAGGAGGGACGCUGUAUGAACACACAGCCUGGCUUUGAAUGCUACUGUCAACAGGGAUUCUACUAUGACAGUAAUCUACUGGAAUGUAUCGAUGUAGAUGAAUGUCAUGAUGAGUCCCUGUGUACAAAUGGACAUUGUGUAAACACUCAAGGCUCAUUCUACUGCACUUGCAAUCCAACCUGGGUUCCUGAUGCAGCUAAAAAAAAGUGUGUCUUUCCCACAGUCACGGGUGUGAAUGAGUGUCAGGACCCUGCUAAUUGUAAAAAUGGCCAAUGUGUAAACACCCAAGAUUCCUAUUAUUGCAUCUGUACUCCUCCCUGGAUUCUGGCAACCGACCGUAAUGGCUGCGUUACACGUGAGGAACAGGCGGUAACGGGUGUGUCUGUGAUGCACCUUUCAGAUGUAAAUGAGUGUGAGGAUCCCUCCUACUGUAGGAACGGGAGAUGUGUCAACACUCUUGGCUCCUUCCACUGCAUUUGCAAGCAGCCUCUCACCUUCAGUGCAGCCCUCAAGCAAUGUGUCUAUGAUGAUCGCACUGCAGCACAUAAAGACAUAUGUUUCCAAGAGGUUGAUGAGGAUCUUAUGUGUACUAUGCCUCGGAACGAGUUAACAGUGACCUACUCUGAAUGCUGCUGUCACUACGGUCGGGGCUGGGGCCCAGAGUGCCGUACCUGUCCGAAUAGAAAUUCAGUACUUUUUAACAGGUUGUGUGAGAUGCAUUUGGAAAGUGAGUCUGAUGGAGAGGGGGAAUUCUUGGCAGCUUUCUCCAACUACAAUCCAGAUGGAGAUAGUUCAGAAGAAGACUCAGAUGAGUGUAGCUGUGCUAAUGGUCGGUGUGUGCGAUCCUAUCUGGGUACAAUGUGUGAAUGCAAUCCUGGAUUUGUACUAGACCAUUCACGAACACGCUGUACAGAUAUUGAUGAGUGUUCAGGGCGAAGCCCAGGGCAGAGUCCCUGCAAGAAUGCACGCUGUAUUAACACCUUUGGCUCAUUUCGAUGUCACUGUAAACUUGGAUUUGUAGCGGCACGCCGACCUCAUGUGUGCAUACGUGCUAGGGCCCAAUAACGACACAGCAUCUCAUCAAAUCAAUUCUCGGACACUUCUAUGAACAAACACAGUCUCUUACACCCUCACUCUCAUGUGCAUACAUAAAAAGUGAUAUGCCGCCACUGAUACACUUCAUCAAAUCUAGUGUAACUGCAUUUAUGAACAAUUUCAUGUGUUCACUCUGUCAUUCCCUAGUAUGUUAUGUUGGGAAUCUAAGUUUAUCACCAUUAACUUCAUAAAUAGAAAUAUCUUGUUUUGCUGUUAUUAUACAUUUUAUGCUUGUCUCUUCUUCCAAUAAUCUGGUUGCACUCAUUUGAAAAUUAUUUGUCAUUGGAAGAGUAAUUGCCAUUGGAUGAAAUGUGUAUUUUUUUUUAAUGUUGCUGCUCUACAUGUCUUGGGCGACUUUAACAUUGCUCACCAUUUUAUUUUUUUAUAAUUUGUUUUCUCAUCUGCUCCAUUUAUUAUUUUUUGGGGUUUGCACCCAAAGCUCUUUUUCAUUUGUUUGUUUGAUAUAAAUGAUUAGAUUUUUUAAAUAUUCCUUUGUUUGUAUUAUUGCUUUUAUUUGUCUUUUGUUCACCAGUGUUUUGUUCUAUUAAUUUCUUUAACAUUAAGAAAGAUGCUAUUUACCAAAGAAAUGAAGAUAAAAUAAUAAACGAGAAAGGAAGUCAAACCAUCAGCA